AUGGACGUGGAAAUUCUUCUGGAGACGGCUGAGGAGCAGUGCAAGCGCAGAAGCCGAGGCCCUCGCAGCCUCUUCGCUAUCUCCUAUCUUACGGUGGCGGAGGACUGGGACGAAGCCGUGCCUCGGAGAAGAAGCGGAGUGGCCGGCAGAGAUCUAGAGGUGAGCAUCUGGAGAAAAAUGGGAACCAAGGACCGACGUGGCGAGGAGCUGGUCCGCGCCAGCCCGCAGAUGUCCUGGGCCAUCGCGCUCUCCCGCCGCUUCUGCUCCAUCGGGCGACUGCCAGGGCUCCGGAUGAACGGCCACCGUGCCGGCAAGGGACCCCAGGUCAUGGAAAUGGUCUUGCGAAAUCUGGCGCUGCGGAUCAAGGAUCGGGAUGCAGAGACACUGAAGCGCUUCGAGCAGGCCUUGGCAGUGUCGAACACCCAGGACCACGCGGUCGGUACGCGCCUGGUGGUCAGCAUGGCCAAGGAGGUUCUCGAGUGGAGCAAGUCCGGGCCUCUGGGCUUGUGGCUGAAGGAUGCAGAGCUCUAUGCCGGAGAGAAAGGUCGGAAUCAAGCAUCAGCGCUGCUACGUGCAGCCGCUGACAGCCUGGACGGCGAGGUGCGAGGCCUCGGCCACACGCAGAGCUUCCGGAUUCCGCGUGCUGAGGAUGACAGCCCCGCAGCUGCAGUCGACCGCAGCAUCACGAAAGGCGUGCGCCUGGUGCAUUUCGGCUGCUUCGAGCAGGCGCAGGAGCAGCUGGACGAGGCUCGGCUUCGCCUUCAGCAGCAGCACUUCGAGGAGGGGGCCCGCGAGAGUUUGACGCUCGCAGCUUGCCUGGCCUCCUCGCUGCUGCAGCAGAAGAAGGGCCGGAACGAUCUCGUGAAGGAGCUGAAAGCGGAGUGCACGCAGUCGCUCCACCGUCUGGAAGCCACCACGAAGCGACCCAAGCCCGUGGCAUGCUGGCACAACUUGCCACUGCUGCUUCGGGUGUUGCCAUCGUCCAAGAGGCCCUCGAGUCCCAUGGCACAGCGCCACGGAGACUUGGACUGGUCGGGCAUGGAAUGCACAGGUGCGUUGGAUUCCGACGUCCUCGAGGACCUACCGGAUUCAGGCCUCCAGCGCCGGGUCCGUGCACGUAGCCGCCACCUGAUGAGUUACCUCAUGCCUCUCACAGGCGAACGCUUCGCAUCAGAUGCUUUGGAGGUGCACCGCAUCGAGGCUGGCUUGGCGAAAGCGUUGUGCUGA